AUGAUACACGACUAUUUGUUGUGGCGUAUCCGGCCCACUGCUCUGUCAUCCACCACUACCGACCUCCUCAUGCUCGACCUCCUCAUGCUCGACCCCCUCAUGCUCGACCCCCUCAUGCUCGACCCCCUCAUGCUCGACCCCUUCAUGCUCGACCCCCUCAUGCUCGACCUCCUCAUGCUCGACCUCCUCAUGCUCGACCUCCUCAUGUUCGACCUCCUCAUGCUCGACCUCCUCAUGCUCGACCCCCUCAUGCUCGACCCCCUCAUGCUCGACCCCCUGCUGCUCGACCCCCUCAUGCUCGACCCCCAUGCUGCUCGACCCCACCUGCUGCUCGACCUCCCCCUGCUGCUCGACCCCCUCAUGCUCGACCCCCUCAUGCUCGACCCCCAUGCUGCUCGACCCCACCUGCUGAUCGACCCCCAUGCUGCUCGACCCCCUCAUGCUCGACCCCCUCAUGCUCGACCCCCAUGCUGCUCGACCCCACCUGCUGCUCGACCCCCUCAUGCUCGACCCCCAUGCUGCUCGACCCCACCUGCUGAUCGACCCCCAUGCUGCUCGACCCCCUCAUGCUCGACCCCCAUGCUGCUCGACCCCACCUGCUGA